GAGUGAAACGAACCUACGGACUGAAAGUAACAUUUUGGCUGAUUUUUUCGGCAGCAGAAGUGAAUUAGGAUGGUGCCUACGAGAUCAUUUCGGCUGCUAGCGGCACUGCUACUUGUACCUCUGUCGAAUGGAUUGUACUUUCACAUCGCUGAAACCGAGCGGAAAUGUUUCAUCGAAGAAAUACCGGAUGAAACGACCGUCGUAGCAAACUACAAAGUGGAACUGUACGAUCCACGGUCGGGAGGUUUCAUGCCGUCAUCGCCCGGGAUUGGUAUGCAUGUGGAAGUGAAGGAUCCCGACGAUAAAGUGAUGCUUUCGCGUGUUUAUAGUUCAGAAGGGAGAAUCUCGUUUACCUCACACAUCCCCGGAGAGCACGUACUUUGCAUGUACUCGAACAGUACUGCUUGGUUCAGUGGUUCCCAACUGCGUGUUCACCUGGACAUUCAGGUAGGUGAACAUACCAUCGAUUACGCCAAUGUGGCCAAAAAAGAAAAGCUCACCGAGCUUCAGCUGCGCAUCCGCCAGUUGCUGGAUCAAGUCGAUCAAAUCACGAAAGAGCAAAACUACCAGAGAUAUCGCGAGGAACGCUUCCGGCAAACGAGUGACAGCACCAACCAACGCGUGCUGUGGUGGUCCUUGGCGCAAACGCUAGUGCUUCUGAUUAUGGGUUUCUGGCAGAUGAGGCAUCUCAAGAGCUUCUUCGAGGCGAAGAAAUUAGUUUAGUUUAGACCAAAAGGCGACGCAUCGGAACCGCGAGCCACAACUUGCAAUAAACUUUGUGGAAAUAAAUCAACAACACGAGUUGCGGCGUCCUGUUGUGUGCGUCGAAGUAGAAUUUUCGAACA